AUGGACACUGGAUGUCUUAUUUCACCAGAAUCUAGUUUGAUGGUUAAUAAUACAAUGGCUACUAAUAAUGUUUCUGCGUCUAAAACGCCUGGAUAUGUUGCUUCUAAAUGUGCACGUAAUGUUAAAGAUUUGUCUCUUGUGCCUACUAUUAGGCUAGAUACAUCGCCUACAUUAGCUCCUUUAAAUACACCUCGAGCUCAUCUUUUAGCGGGUUUGCGUACGACACCGUGUUCAGAUAGGCAGGGAGAACACGGGCAUGAGGGUCAGGAGGAUGAAAAAAUACAUGGUUCUUCGCAAAAUAUUUAUAAAAAAGACAUGCUUGAUGUAAAACAGCACAAGGCUCCAAUGUAUCCACAUACAGCUACUUUGUCUCCCAGGACAACUCGAGGACUUGGUUUACCUGUAUACAAGCAACAAAGUAUUCUUAUGAAUUCUGUGUCAGAGCCUUCCACGCCUUAUCAGUGUUGUUUUGAAGAGCCUAAAAGGAUGAUUCAGGAGAAAUAUCCUCAGUUCCUAUACGGUGAUUCGUCUUUUGCACCACAGAUUUCGUCUCAACAAUAUCCGUGUGUGCAAAAACAAGUGAAAAAUAUGGUUCCUGUGUCUCCUAAUAUGUUUGUCAAAGGCGUUGUUCCUUAUUGUACACAAGAACAGCAUACUUUUUCUUAUUCUCCAAUAAUCCAUGACUCAUUCGAUGGAUCUUUCUCUGGGUAUUCUGUUCCAAUCGAGUUCCAGAAUCACUCUAUUAAGAACUCACUUUUUCCUUACUAUUUCCAAAACACUCCUCAAAAUCAUAAUAGCUUUAAAAAAAAUAGAUAUGGUCAGACUCCUAAUGGAUAUACUCCAAACUCCAACUCAGCAACUGGAUAUCACAAAAAUGUCUUUUCUCCAAGCAAAGAGGGUGCACCUUGCAGGCAGCCACGUGGCCCUCCCUCUAUGGAAGAGCUUCUUUCACCCAGUGAAUCUGAAAAUAAGAAUUUUUCCCUAAGAUUACGCAAACAAGCGAUUAACAAAAUUCUUCAUGCAGGUGUACAGCGGCAAAAUAACAUGUUACCUCCGGAUCCUGGUACUCAGAAAAACCGUGCUUUCAAUGCUUCUUCUGCUCUUUAG